AUGAACUCACUGCUGAUACAGAGGGCUGCUGGUGACAGGGAGUGAUGCUGAGGGACACCCAGGUAGCCAGAACUGACCCUUUUUCUCUCUCAGAGUUAAACGCCUCCAGGGCCCGUGGCAGCAAUCACAGUGUGAACAGCCUGCCGGGACCACCGGCCACCUGCGGCUCCACACAGGGAUCUGUGGUCAGCUGGGCCGAAUCCUUCGAGACGCUGCUGCAGGACCAUGUGGCCGUCACCUACUUCACUGAGUUCCUCAAGAAGGAGUUCAGUGCCGAAAAUGUCUACUUCUGGCAGGCGUGUGAGCGCUUCCAGCAGAUCCCAGCCAGCGCCACGCAGCAGCUGGCCCAGGAGGCGCGGCGGAUCUACGAUGAGUUCCUCUCCAGUCACUCGGUCAGUCCAGUGAACAUCGAUAAGCAGGCGUGGAUUGGGGAGGACAUGCUGGCCAACCCCUCCCCAGACAUGUUUCGCAUCCAGCAGCUCCAGAUCUUUAACUUGAUGAAGUUUGACAGCUACACACGCUUUGUGAAAUCCCCGCUCUACCAGGCCUGCCUGCAGGCAGAGAGCCAGGGGCAGCCCCUGCCCGACCUGCGCCCCCACUCCCGCAGCAGCAGCCCCCCACCUGACCUCAGCAAGAAGACGAAGCUGAAGCUGGGCAAGUCCCUACCGCUGGGUGUGGAGACGGUGGGCAGUGGUGCCAACCACAGCCCCCGCCGGUCCUUCAGGAAGGGAGGCCGUCGGAAGAUCCUGGGGGGCAGCGAGUCAGAGCUGCCAGCCAAGCCCAUGAAGUACUGCUGCGUGUACCUGCCCGACGGCACGGCCUCGCUGGCCCCCAUCCGGCCCGGCCACUCCAUCCGCGACAUGCUGGCAGGGAUAUGCGAGAAGCGCGGCUUCAGCCUCCCCGACAUCAAGGUCUACCUUGUGGGGAACGAGCAG